AUGACCGCUUCCCGUGAUACAGACGAUGCCGCUCAAAACCCGCAACAGACCUCAGACCGUCCACGGCCCUUGCGCACGCCGUCCAACGAACACGACUCCCUCAAAUACCACCUUCUCGGUCCCUCGCUCACCAAGGCUGGGCAGGACACCGUCGACCAACACAAGGUCUCCGAGGUUAUAUACAAUGCGUCCAAGGGCUCCAAGUUCUUCAACAACGAGGAAGUCAAGGACAAGAAUCUCACAGAGAAGAUCACCAAGAUCUUGGCCAAGCGGCGUCAACUGGAACAGCUCGACGUCGCCUCUGACUUGCGCAGAGCAGACGACUACAUUGCCGAACUGGAGCUGACCCGUGAUCUGAGUCAGGCCAUAGUGCACAUUGAUUGCGAUGCCUUCUACGCCGCCGUCGAGGAGCUCGACAGGCCUGAGCUGAAAGACGUUCCCAUGGCCGUGGGCAAGGGCGUGCUGACCACCUGCAACUACCAUGCUAGGAGAUUCGGAUGUCGCUCGGGAAUGGCUGGCUUCGUCGCUAUGAAGCUGUGUCCGCAACUCAUCUGCGUCCCCAUGAACUUCGCCAAAUACAGCGCCAAAGCUGACGAGGUCCGCGAAGUGCUAGCACUAUACGACCCUGGCUUCGAGAGUGCUAGCUGCGAUGAGGCCUACCUCAAUCUCACAAAAUACUGUGAGGACCACAGCAUGGAUCCACAAGAAGCCGUCAGCCAGCUGCGCGCGGAGGUCCACGAGAAGACCAAGAUCACCGUCUCUGCCGGAAUAGCUGCAAACGCAAAGCUGGCCAAGAUCUGCUCCAACCAGAACAAGCCCAACGGACAAUUCUACCUUCCGAGCGACAGACAGACAAUUAUAGACUUCAUGAAGACAAUGCCUACAAGAAAAGUUAAUGGUAUCGGCCGCGUCUUCGAACGAGAGUUGGACGCUAUUGGUGUUAAGACAUGUGGAGACAUUUACGCACAUCGAGCCUAUUUGUCACAAUUGUUCGGGCAGAAGGCUUUCCAGUUCCUGAUGCAAUGUUAUCUGGGUCUGGGACGCACCACGAUUCAACGAGCAGAGGACUACGAACGCAAGAGCGUAGGCACUGAGACUACAUUCAAGGAACUGCAGUCGCCCGACGCACUACGAGACAAGCUGCGCCACAUCGCGGAAGAGCUGGAAGGCGACCUCAAGCGCACAGAGUACAAAGGUCGAACGCUGUGCAUCAAAAUCAAGCUCUAUACAUACGAAGUGCACACGCGGCAGACUACGCCGCCGUUCGCUAUUCACAAAGCCGAUGAUUUAUACAAGUACAGCUUACCGAUGCUAGAGAAACUAAUGAAAGAGAUUCCGAACAUGAGACUACGGCUCAUGGGAUUACGAGUCACGCAUAUUGUCACUACAAAGAAGCCUGGAAUUGACUUCUUUGGUCGAGUCAAGAUAUCCGCGACGGCCACUAAGAAUACGACAACAGCCAAUGGCAGAGACUGGGAAGUCUGGCCCGAAGAAGAGUUUGAAGAAGCUGCGCGUCAGGAACGCAACGAUGAGAUGAAUGAAUUGGAGAAGUUAUCACAGGAAUACGAACAACAGCAACAGCAUAUCGUCGACACCGACGGCAAAACCGACCAGGAGACAGUUGCUGAAGAACAAUGGACGUGCCCCAUAUGCGCACUUCAACAACCACCGAACGAUGCAACCUUCAACGCCCAUAUCGACUUCUGCUUAUCGAAACAAACCAUCAAGGAAGUAGUCAAGUCAACAACGCCGCCAACACUGGAUGCGUCGAAGACUGUACAGAAAAAAGGGAAACGAGGCCGCCCCAAGAUCGAAACCCUGGCGUCAGAACAGCAGGCACGCGAGAAGCGGCGGGCCUUCUUUUCACCAGGUGGCGCUUGA